AUGAGCUAUUCUCCUCCUCAAGGGUCUCCUUCACAGGAUGGUUAUCCACAGUCAGGGAAACCAGUUGGUGGCUACGAUGGUGAGGGUCCUCCAAGGGGCAAGAGCCACCACCAGAAGCAGCAGCAGAAGCAACAGCGGCAACAGCAAGCAUCUCCAGUGAGGGUUCUUCCACAAGGGCAUAUUCUUCCACAAAACAAUAAUCCUCAAAGCAUUCAACUGGGGGUUUCUUCUUCAUCAGGAUAUCCUCACAAUCAACAUUCUAGUCUUCCAGGUUCUCAAAGUUCCCACUAUCAACCUCACCAACAGCAGCCAGCUCCGGGAGUCCUUUCACAAGGAUAUCAUCCCAAAGAUAAUCAUCAUAGUCGCAACCAAUUCCAUAAACAGGUGACGUCAAUCCAGGAUCCUUCACCAAGUGAAAGUUCAAGCAAAACCCAGCAAAAGCUGAUUCCCUCAAAAGGCUCAGUUGAAAACCACAUGGAUCCUCCACAGAACCCUACUCCCACAGCAUCUGAUUUACCAGACCAUGGAGAAAAGCAUCUUUUACAGACCAACAAUGAACCAACACAACAGCCUAUGUCAGCAGAUCACAACAAUGGCUAUCAGCAAAAACCAUAUCGACAGCCACAGCCACCUGAAGGUGCUGCAUCGUCACGGGAGCCUCUUCCAGUUCCAGAAGGGUACCCACCAACACAACAGCCUAUGUCAGCAGAUCAGACCAAUGGCUAUCAGCAAAAACCACAUCGUCAGCUACAGCCACCUGAAGGCGCUGCAUCGUCACGGGAUUCUCUUCCAGUUCCAGAAGGGUACCCACCACCUCGACCUCCGACUUCACCGUCUAAGCUGGAACCUCGUCGGAAGAAAGAUUCAUUGCAACAAAUUCUUUGCUUUGUAGAUACAUAUGUUCUGCUAGCUCUUGCCAUUGAUUUUACACUUUUGGCCAAGAAAGGGGCACCAGACCAUAGCAAGCAUCAUUCCGUACUAAUUAUUGGCAAGGGUUUCCUGGUUUAUGAGAAGAUUUACUCACCAAGGGAUGCAAGGAACCACCCUAACAAGCCUGGGGUCAAAAUCCAGUGGACCAAGCUCCAAGUUCUACUUUUCAAUACCACCAGUCACCGAAAAGAGACCCUGCCAAAAACCUGUGAUCUUAGUAGAAUACUGUGA